AUGUUUGGAUAGGUGGUGCAUAAAUUCCAAAGAAACUAAAAUCAUCUGUUAAGCAAAUACUUAAGGGCUGGAAAUAGAUCCAAUCCUUUUGAGAAUACAUUGACCAUCCUUGAGGACCCUGCUCAUCAUAGAAAACUAUAUCUUAUUGGAUCAACACAUGCCUCUACUAUGUUGGCCUACAGAACAUAAAAAUUGAUUAACGAAGUCAAGCCUGAUAGUGUCUAUGUGCAAACAAACCAAGAAUGGUGGAAUAUUGUUAAAAAUAUUGAGGGAGUCACAUCUCAAUAUGAAUUGAAUGCCUAUAAUGAUGUAUUAAGAGGGUCUUAUAAAUGGGAAUUGGAAACUGGAGUCAGGAAUUUCAGAAAUACAGUGUUUUGGGCAAGACUCUACUCUUGGUUAGGUUUAAUGUAAUUUUUGAAAGCAUUCAACAGUGAUUUCCAUCCAUUCAUUCCAGGCUUAGAAGUGAAGUUUGCUAUUGAAUAGGCUCGUGCUCAAGGUGCCAAUGUUGUUUUUGGUGGUUUGGCAAUCACUAAUGAUGACCUAUUGUCAUUGAAAACCGAACCAAGAUUUGAUCCUCUCAGUGUUUCUUUGAACUUCUUCAAACUCCUCAGUUAAGUGAGAUGGAGAAGAGAGAGAUAGGAUUUGGCCUUUUAAUUGGCAGUUCUUGGUGGAGAACAAUUCUCUGAAUCAGUAGAUAAAUACAGAGCCUCUUGGUUUGUUAAGCUUUUCGAGAAGUUGAGUCCUCAUCAGAAGAAAAUCUUGGUGGACAGAAAGGAUAUUGAAAUUUUUGAAACUCUUUAUAAGCAUACUCCAGGAAAAACCAUUGUGGCAGUUGUUAAUCAAUGGCAUACAAUGGGAAUUGAAGCUCAUUGGAGACACACUACUAAGACUUAGAUCAACACUGAGCCCAUCAAUCCCAUUGGAGAUUUGGAUUUGGAAGCCCUGAAUGAGGAUUUGGUGGUCAACGACUUCCUGAGACAAUUUACUUCAAGAAUUACUAAAAGCGAGCCAGCAUCAACCAGAGCCUAUAUCACUUAGUAUUAUAAGGAUGUGUUUGAAUAUGAAAGAUUCAGACAUGUUGAAUUUGAUGGUUAUAGUGAUCCUCAUUAAUUCCAUGGAGGCAGUCCAUUUGAAGGAGGUUAUUAACAUCAUCAUCCACAAUUACCUGCUGAUGUAAGAAAGUAAAUAGAAGAAAAUUGGAAGAAAUAAUAUGCCCAUCAUCAUGAACACCAUUGAAAUAUUAUUCAUAAAUAAAAUAAAAACAAUAUUUUGGUUAUGAAUAGCAAGUUGUAUGUUA